AAUGAAAUGCAUAACUGUCUUAUUAGCGUCUUAUCGGUAUCGACCUACCAUGUAAACUAAAGGUUAUAUUUGUUUAAGGAUAAUAGCUAUGUUGCUUGUGUUAUAGCGUUAGACAGAUAUAAAGCAGAUAUCCUUCUCAAACAGAAGUUCGCUGCAUGUUGGAUAAAUAAACGCGCGGGUAAAGGUUCAAACGUCGUUACAGUUCCGAUGUGACCAUUGUAAGCAAACUAAGACCAAAUAUAGUCUGCUAAAACUAAGCUAGGUAACUAGUUGUCGUUUUUGUUUUAUUUGUAACUAACUCAGCAGCUUACGGGAUAUAAUAUCCAGACGCUUCAGACAAUGCUGGCUACAGGCGCAGCUGCAACCACAGCCCUGGUUCAGGUGGAUCGGGAGAAGAUCUACCAGUGGAUCAACGAGCUGUCUAGCCCAGAGACCAGGGAGAAUGCCCUCCUGGAGCUCAGCAAGAAGAGGGAGUCUGUCCCUGACCUGGCACCCAUGCUAUGGCACUCUUGUGGAACCAUUGCUGCCCUCCUGCAGGAAAUUGUGAACAUCUACCCCUCCAUAAACCCACCAACUCUGACAGCCCACCAAUCCAACAGAGUAUGCAACGCCCUCGCGCUCUUACAGUGUGUCGCCUCCCAUCCAGAGACUCGGUCUGCAUUUUUGGCAGCACACAUUCCUCUCUUCCUCUACCCUUUCCUGCAUACUGUGAGCAAGACACGCCCAUUUGAGUACCUGCGCCUCACCAGCUUAGGAGUCAUAGGUGCUCUGGUCAAAACAGACGAACAGGAGGUGAUCAAUUUCCUGCUCACCACAGAGAUCAUCCCUCUAUGCCUGCGCAUCAUGGAGUCAGGCAGCGAGCUCUCCAAAACGGUUGCUACUUUCAUACUCCAAAAAAUUCUGCUGGACGACACCGGGCUGGCGUACAUAUGCCAGACCUAUGAACGCUUCUCUCACGUGGCAAUGAUUCUUGGGAAAAUGGUGCUGCAGCUUUCGAAGGAACCAUCUGCACGUCUGCUGAAACAUGUUGUACGCUGCUACCUUCGCCUCUCUGAUAAUCCAAGAGCGCGAGAAGCACUGCGCCAGUGCCUGCCCGACCAGUUGAAGGAUGCCACAUUCGCCCAGGUGCUAAAGGACGACACCACCACCAAGCGCUGGCUGGCCCAGCUGGUCAAGAACCUGCAGGAGGGCCCGGUGACGGAUGGCCGAGGCAUCCCCCUGACCGCACAGUAACCUCAUCAACCCCUUUGACACUACCUGAGGAACGGUAGCGUGCUGACAGAGCCACAGAAGAAAAACAUGAUUAGUGCUUGAAGUUAAAAGAAAAAGGUGCCACUAGUCAUUAUUGGUGCUGGUACUAAUUUUAAAGUACCCGUGUUAAUAUUUAAGAGCAACAUUUUCUAUAAGAGGUGCCGGUACUCAAGAGUAGAAAAUAAUAGGCACCGGUACUCUAGUGGUGUGCGCCGGUCCAAUUUAAACACCGUCCAAGACCAGGAGAGGAUGAUGCUGUGUAGAACCAUAAACUCUGUGGCUCACUUGUUGUUGCCGCUCACAUGGCAUUCUCCCUGAGACGUUCUCACAAAUGCUUUCUCAAUGCUUAUGGAGGUGUUUGCGUUACAUUUCAACAGGGUUGAACAUUGAAGUCAUCAAAAAGGAAAUCAACAUUGGUCUGGUUUUAACCUGGUGUUCCCACUGUUUUUGUACUGUCCUGAACCAAAACCACUACAGGCUUUUUCUAAGUGUUUAUUUUUUAUUUAGAUGUUUUCUUUUAACCAUCUAGAGCAGGGUUCUCUGAAUUUGGUCCACGGGUGAUUUUAUUUGGCACCCCAAGGUCCCCAGAAACCCCCAAAAACAUGUAUGUUAAUGCAUUUUCAUUUUACUGUUGUACAUAAAGCUGAUUUACUGGUGUUUUUACAGUCUUAAGUGAAUUGGGAAAUCUGUUCCAAAGUAUUCCCAUGCAUAAUAGAGAUACUGUAUGUGAUGGUAUACAAAUGUAAACAAGGUUUUUAAUUAAAUAUUAUAUUUGUUUGGG